ACUUUGGCUGACAAUAAUAUUGUUAUUGGAUCAUUUUCUUUGUUGCUUUCUGUUAUACUUUUGCGCAUUUGGUCUUGAUCGCGUGCGCAGACGCAAUAAACGGCGCCAGCGACAGUGCGUAAACUAUAAGAAGGGCUCCGUUUGCUAAACGCUGAAACAUUUCGCAACAGUCUGCUGCGGCAAGCGGCAGCCAAGUACUUCGUUGCCUCAAGGAAUUUUAUUAAUUUACGCGUAAACGUGCAUACCAAGUGCGUGUUCUUUUCGUUUUUUUUUCUAUUAAAGUGUAUAGUGUCCAAACAAUGAAAUCCUUUAUAUUGUGCUGUGCCAGUUUGGUGUGUUGUUUGGCGCUUGGCGUGCAAGCUGCUUAUUUCUAUGAACGUCCCGAUGGACCGGAUUUUCUGGAUGAAGAUAAAGGACGUUACGGCCAAUGUGCCACACAAUGCUACUGUGGUACGCCGAAUGUCAAUCGCAUCGUUGGCGGCACACAGGUGCGUCACAACAAGUACCCUUGGACGACGCAACUACUUAGGGGACGCUGGCAUGCGCGUCUCUUCUGUGGCGGCUCGUUGAUUAAUGAUCGCUAUGUGCUGACGGCGGCGCAUUGUGUAAAAAAUAAUCGUCAUCAGAUAACUGUACGAUUACUGCAAUUGGAUAGAUCGUCGGGGGAUCCUGGUAUCACUAGAAUGGUCAUCCAAACAAUUAUACAUCCGCAAUACGAUCAGAGCAAAAUUGUAAAUGACAUCGCCAUUUUGAAGUUGGAGUCGCCCAUACUGUUCAGCAGCACCAUGCGCCCCGUUUGUCUGCCCGAUAUCAAUCACAAUUUCGACAACAAAGAAGCGAUCGUCGCCGGUUGGGGUCUUGUGAAGGAGGGUGGCGUCACCUCCAAUUAUUUGCAGGAGGCCACCGUGCCCAUAAUUACUAAUAAUCAAUGUCGUGAAACGCGUUACAAAAGCAAAAUUACCGAUGUUAUGCUAUGCGCUGGACUCGUUCAGACCGGUGGCAAGGAUGCCUGCCAAGGCGACAGCGGUGGUCCGCUGAUUGUCUAUGAAGGCAGAUACAAAUUGGCGGGGAUUGUCUCUUUCGGUUACGGCUGCGCUCAAGCAAAUGCACCGGGUGUUUAUACGCGUGUCAGUAAAUUCCUCGAUUGGAUUAAACAAAACACACGCGAAGGUUGCUACUGCCGUAGUUGAGUAAUAGAAAAUGUCUUCCCUUCCAGCCAAUCAAGUAAAAUUUUAUAAAACUGAAAUAUGUAUAUAA